AUGACCUCUCCGCACUGCGGAUUUCUGUUUGGUGCUGCAGACAAUGGAAGAGGCAAGUGUGUGGUGCUUGAGCGGCUGCACCUAGCAACCCGCGGCGUCGGUGACUGGGAGUCACUGGCGCGAACGCUGGGAGAAUAUCGCUGCAGUCGCCGCUUUUUGACAGAGGGUUCUACGAUUUUAGUGAGACGAACGAAGCGUGGCUCCCCGGGUCUCGCGCGUGCCUUCUCAGGGGUUACAUCUACGCAUGGCAAUGAUGUUGUUGUGUCUGAUGUGCCUCGUAGCGGCCUGUUAUCGCACAAGGGAGACUCUGAAGCUCCCUUCUCACCGAACGAUGGUUCAUUUGACGCGGACAAUGUCGCAUAUCGCAGGUUUUCCGGCAGUGAAGGUGAACGAGCUGCCGAUUCUACAAACCACCAAUCUCCCGGCGUUACCAGCUCUGUGAGCGAUUCGUCCAAGGAACGGGGUAGUGACGCUGAGUCAGAGCAUGCUCAACGUCCGGGUAGCACUGGAGCGUCCACUUCCUUCUUCAGCGUUUGCAGCGCCGCUUUCGAACUGACGAGGUCGUUCUCUUGUAGAGAACCUCCCAUCUCGACAGACGACAGCGUAGAGUAUGUUGUUGUCAAGUGCGAGCCUUCAGGCGGGUACAUAGGCAAGGAUACGGUGUUGUAUACCGACGAAAGGUUGCCUGUUUUGAGUCGGGUUGAUUUGUUGUGGGAUGUGGAAAAUGAGUCACACGUCCAGCGUUGUGUCGGCCACUUAUUAGGGCCAAAUAACUCCUCAAAGUUGACGAAGGCUAUUCUAUUGCAACAGGAACGUUUGUUCGGCCCCUAUAGAGUUGAAUCUAUUGGGACGGGGUCGAUUGCCAGUUGUGUUCGGAAGACGAUAUUUCUUAACAGCUCUGACGAACGCAUGGCUGAUGGCAACACUCAGUCUCACGGUUCUACGUUGGAGACGUUCAAUGCUACAGAGACGCUCUUUCAAAAGAUGUUUCGUUACAUAUUGAUGAGCGCAUUAUCAUCGGACUUCCUGGUUUUUUACCCCGGCCGGACGCUUACCGUGCGUGACCUCAGGAUGUUCGUGUCUCGUACUGCCCCUUGUACUCGACCAGGUAUUAUCGGACCGUCAACGAAAAUAUACGUUGGAGUGGACACCGUGGGAGAGUGCGCUUCAGUGUCGGUGGCCCCUCUGAGGGACACGCUGCCAACCACGUACGAGUACAACCUUCUCAAGGAUUGUGUUGAACCGUACUUUCGCGGCCACCGAUCGCGCACGUUUCAAGUGGACGACGUAUUCCGAUUCGGUGGAGUGCAGUUUCGCGUGGUUGGUUUCGAGCACCAACGCGAGGAGCCUACGCAUUUUCUCAAUUUUGACCUGAUGAGUCCAUUCGCCCGCCGUGGAAGUUGCGGACGUGUUGGAGCACGGUCGGAAAUACGCGUUUCAGAUCCCGUUGACCCUCGACUGACCGACUUAUUGUCUGCUGAGCAGCUGCGCCACCUAAGGCGCUGUGCGCCCAACCAGAGAGAAUUGCUAAUGUUCAAGUUGGCAUCUCAGCUGGAUAUGGAUUCAAUAGGACGUCUAUACGGACACAACGAUAAUGCACAGCGGGGAGUAUCAUUUGAACGGAUUGAAACCUCUUAUUCGGGUUACCAUCGCAGCUUCUCAUCUACCCUUACCGAUACGGUUCAUCAGUACAACAUAGGGGAUACACCCGUCGCGACGAUCACUCCCAGCUCUGGAUGGUCCGACCAGAUGUGUACUGUAUGUUGCGAAGCCAUCGAUGAAGCCGCUCCUUCAGGCAUAUUCACUUAUGCAUGCGGCCAUGUGUUCCACGAGAAGUGUGCGAGGGAAUGGAUAAAUAUGUGUGGAACGUCAUGCCCCAACUGUCGCCAUUGCAGCAUGGAGGUGUCAGCUCCCUGUGACACCGGAGAUGCAUACGCCUUCCACACCCUUUCCGACUGUGACGACACGGACAUGUCGGAUAACUGCGCCGAAUCAGUAAAUCACGAAAGUGGCAGCUCGUCCGGUACAUCGGAAUUGCUGCACUGGUUUAAUUCGCAGGAGGCAUAA